AUGUCUACUACGAAAUGUUAUCAGUGUGUGAAAAGCGUAAAUAUGGAGGCUGCAGUGCAAUGUGAUGGGUGUAAACGACACUUGUGUUUUACUUGUAGUGGACUUACUAGCAGUGAAAUCAAAGUAAUGGGCCUAAAAACCAAACGUACAAUGCUGUUCCUAUGCAAACCAUGUCGCGAGGGGCUGUUUCAAGUACCGAUUUUAAUAAAAGCUGUUGAUGCAUUGCGGGAUGAAGUACAGCAGUUGCGAUUGGAACUGGCAUCGAAAUCUGGCCUAACUGAUGCCACUUCUGCUUCAAAAACCGUCACGUUUGAUGUUAUAGCGGAAAUACGUGAGCGGGAGCGCCGAGCGUGCAAUAUUUUGAUCGCGGGCACCAAGGAAUCUGAGGCGGAAGAUGUGCAAAUACGCCAGAAACAUGAUGAAAAUGUGGUGAACAAUAUUAUUAGAAAUCUAAACGACGAAAUAUCCCGAAGUGAUGUGCUUAAAAUUAUAAGGCUAGGAAAAAAAGAAACAGGCAAGACCCGUUUGCUCAAAGUAGUGUUUAAGUCUCGCUGGGUAGCUGUCAAGGCACUUCAAAACAAACAAAAGUUGAGCAAACCGUUGCAAAUCUACUACAAGAAAUGCGAUACAAAAUAUAAGGCAUACAGAGACUGCAAUAACAGGUGUGUUAGUGAAGCAAGAAGACUUAGAAGUCUUUACGAAGCCAAGAUUGUUGAGAGUGGAAACAAACCCUUCUAUGCCCACCUACGCAGUUGCAUGGCUUCUAAAGUUGGUCUACCGCCUGUGGUACGUGAUGAACUUGGCAAUCUUGUGGUUGAAGGGUCUAAAAUUGCCGAAGCAUUUGCUUGUGAAUUUGAGAAAACAUACUCAUUGGAACCUGACCUUAAUAAUAUUUCCAUACCUAUACCAAGAGUUAAAAACUCCAUAGAUGACAUCAAGUUCACAUCACAGGAUGUGCUUAUGGUUCUCAAGUCCCUAAAUGUAAACUCUGCUACUGGGCCUGAUAAUGUCCCUGGAGUAUUUCUCCAAUCAUGCGCUGAAACCAUCACACCUGUCUUGGUCAAUAUUUUGAAUGAAUCAUAUGCUUCAGGUGAGAUACCAAAAGACUGGAGACAUGCUAUAGUAACACCUGUUUUUAAAAAAGGGUGA